AUGCCUCCAAUCCGCACGUCCCGCAAUCGCAAACCGCCACCAGCAGGCUUCGACGACCUAGAGGACACGCUCCUAGAAUUCAGCAAUAAAAUGAAAGACGCGGAGAACGCCUCCCACGAAGGAAAAAAGAAAUACGAGGUUCUCUGGCCGAUCUUCCAAAUCAGUCAUCAGCGCUCCCGCUAUAUCUACGACCUAUACUACGAAAAAGAAGCCAUAAGCAAACAACUCUACGACUGGCUCUUAAAGAAUAACUACGCCGACGCGAAUUUAAUCGCAAAGUGGAAGAAGCAGGGUUAUGAAAAGCUCUGCUGCCUCCGCUGCGUACAGUCCAAGGAAACGAAUUUCAACGCAACAUGCAUCUGCCGCGUUCCGAAGGCGCAGUUGAAAGAGGACCAGUCAAUUCAGCUAGGCUGGAUUGGGGGGAAACAUGGAUGGGCGUUUUGCGUUUUGUCGUUGGUUUAA